CGGCGGCCAACCCGUCGCCGUGGCGACGCCGUCGCACCGCGGAGUCGCGGAACCUGCAAAGCAGCCCAUGCGCUGCCCACGGAGCUGGCGCAGGCGGGGCUGCGACGGCGCGCAACUGGACGAGGAGCUGCCUGAGAAUUGGAGUGGAGCUGGAGCUGACCACCAGGAGGAGCCGGCAGACCCAGGCUGGAGCCCUGCAGGACCAGAACAUGCACUAGUGUGCUGGAAGGGACCACAGUCUGUCUGCUGCUGCUACCCACUGCUGUGGCAGUCUCAACAUGGAGAGCGGUGCCAGCUCUGCAUCUACCCCUGCUGCCCUGCCAUACUAUGUGGCCUUCUCCCAGCUGCUGGGUCUCACCGUGGUAACUGUGACUGGUGCGUGGCUGGGUCUGUACCGAGGUGGCAUCGCCUGGGAAAGUGCCUUGCAGUUUAAUGUGCACCCGCUCUGCAUGGUCAUAGGCAUGAUCUUCCUGCAGGGAGAUGCCCUGCUGGUGUACCGUGUCUUCAGGAAAGAGGCCAAACGCACAACCAAGGUUCUGCACGGGCUGCUGCAUGUCUUUGCUCUCAUAAUCGCACUGGUGGGCUUGGUGGCCGUGUUUGACUACCACAAGAAGAAGGGCUAUGCGGACCUGUACAGCUUGCACAGCUGGUGUGGGAUCCUAGUCUUUGUUCUGUACUUUGUGCAGUGGCUCAUGGGCUUCAGCUUCUUCCUGUUCCCUGGAGCUUCGUUUUCUCUGCGAAGCCGCUACCGCCCUCAGCACAUCUUCUUCGGAGCCACCGUCUUCCUCCUUUCUGUGGGCACGGCUCUGCUGGGCCUGAAGGAGGCGCUGCUCUUUAAACUUGGGACUAAGUACAGCACGUUUGAACCCGAGGGGGUCCUGGCCAAUGUGUUGGGCCUGCUGCUGGCCUGUUUUGGGGUGACUGUGCUCUACAUCUUGGCUCAAGCUGACUGGAAGCGGCCUCCUCAGGCUGAAGAGCAAGCCCUCUCCAUGGACUUCAAGACCCUGACGGAGGGAGACAGCCCCAGCUCCCAAUGAUGGCCUUCCUUCCUGUAGAGGGGGCUGGGUGUUGGUAGUCCCCUUGGUUCUGUGGGUUCCGGAUGUCUUUUUGCUCACCCCAGGAGUGCCGGGGCAGCGGUGUUAGUUUAGCUGGGUUCCGGGGUCUGGGCCUGUCCUCUGCUUUCCCUUCCUUGCUGCAGCUUUAGAUGUAUCCCGUGAGGCAUGUGCAGGCCCUGCCUGGGCCCUUGCUGCUUGUUCACAGGCAGAAAGGGGAUCUGGGGUCAAACCUGGUCCUGAUCCUUGGAGGAACCAGAGAGUGGUUGUACUCUCAAGGCAGCAGAUGCCUGGAGCUGGGUCUUAGGGACAGGCCUGGAAAAGCCAAGGCUGCUGCUUUGUGUAAUGAGUGCAAACUGGGAGUCCAAGCAGCUUGGGAAGCACGUGUCCUUGGCAGGGGAGCAAGUGAUGUUAUGUGUAAAGUAUGCUCCUCAGGAGAAGGGUGGAGACACCCCCCCACCCCCAAGCAUUGCCAUGUAGCUUGACCCAGACACCAUCCUGGACCUUCCUGUUCUUUAACAGUGGGUUUUGUGGGAGAGGGGAUAGGUGCACAGGACUUAGAUACACUUUCCUGGUAGAUAAGGGUAGUCUGCUGGUCGUGGCAGGCCUGCUGGCCUCCGGCUGCCCUGUGGAACUCUUUCCAUCAGGGACUGAGCCAGCCUUGCCUGGACAGGCUCUGGGAGCCUGAGGACACACACCUGGGUUUUAGAGGAGGCGCCGCUGCUUGUCUGGUUCUCCAAGGGGCUCUACCUGAGGCAUGAGUGGCUCUGGAGGACGACCCCCACUUCCCACACCUCGGUCCAUCUCUGCAGGACAGCAGAGUGAGUGGAAUGAGAGGAAUGAGAUUAGUCCCUUGUGGUGUCUACACACCCUCCAGCCCCCUAAUGUGUGUUGUGUUCUUAGCUGACUCAUUGUUUGGCUGCAGUCUAGAAAAAAUGUGAUUAGAGCAUCGAUCUUGUGCGGCUGGGCAGAUGUUCUCCUUGUUUUCCUAAUCUUUUGAGGUCUGAGAAGCCUCAGGGUUUGGACAGUUAACUUACUGGGGAAAUUAAUAUCAUUUCUGAACCCAAUGAUACUUUUAAGUGCUGCCUCAUAGCAACAGGCUGGUCUUUCAUCACCUGGCACACACUUGUACAGUCAAAUGUUUACAUGUGGGAAACUUGUCUUUAGACAAACUACCUAAGUACCAUUGUGAUCUCCCUUGCCAGACUAUUCAGAGAACUGGAACUUUAGGUUUGCAAUGAGAACCUGUAAACUGGUCUUUUUGCCAAAGUGUUAGAUGACCAAGGACCAAAGAAAGCCCCUACGCAGAUGUGUGUGAUUUCUUCUGUUUGCCUGUGGCCAAUCUCCUGUGAUGUAGUGUGUUGUUAGUAUAAGAGAUGAAUCAAUAAAUGUCUACAGCA